AUGGAUAUCGAUCCCAGCCGAAGGAAUAAGAAACCACGUCUCCUGUUGGAGUCGGAGCGUGAGCGACUUGACGAAUUUAUCGACUCGAUUCAUUAUUCAGCACGGUACUCUGACGACAAAUUCGAAUAUCGCCAUGUACAACUUCCGAAGAACAUGCUCAAGAAAAUUCCUGCGGAUUAUUUUGACAGCGCGAAGGGGACAUUGAAACUGCUCUGGGAGGAGGAAUGGCGCGCAUUGGGCAUCACACAGAGCUUGGGGUGGGAGCAUUACGAGGUGCAUGAGCCGGAGCCUCAUAUUUUACUGUUCAAGUUCGUAUCCCUAACAUACUGGGUCGACUCUGCUGACCUGUGGACAGACGACCUCUGA